AUACCUACUAUUUGUUAUCUAUUUCCACAUAUGGAGCACAAAAAUAAAGUUCUAUUUUAGUUUGUGUAUUUGAGAUGUAACCACGACAUUUUACUAGAAACAUCGGCACGUGAAUCAAACAUAUUAUAAAAGGAACACCGGCUAUAUAACAACUAGAAACAAGUUACUGAAGAUAACGAAACCAUGGUUGUUCACAACGACGAAGCAGAAAGUUUCAAAAAUAAAGGCAAUGAGCUUUUCAAAGCCGAACAGUUUGAAGAAGCAAUAGGCUAUUAUACGAAGGCAAUAAAUCUAGCCGAAAAGGAUAGUCGUGAUCGAGCCACAUACUUGAAAAAUCGCGCUGCAGCUUACCUAAAAACUAACGAAUUCGAUAAAGUUAUCAAGGAUUCUGAUGAAGCCUUACAAAUUGUACCCGAAGAUCCAAAGGCUCUGUUUCGACGAUCGCAAGCGUUAGAAAACUUAAAGAGAUUUGAAGAGGCUUAUAGAGACGCUAAAACUAUAUUUACUGUGGACCCAACCAAUAAAGCUGUCCAGCCAAUAUUAUCACGGUUACACGCCAUUGUACAGGAAAGAGCACGGCAAAAUGCUCAAACCAGCAACAAAGUGGAACAGAUGUUCAAACUCGCUUUCUCUCUAGAAGCAGACACUGAAAAACGAGAGAAGGCCAUGGGCAACCUGCUUGUGUUGGCCAAGGAGAAUUCUGGGGCUGAAAUAAUGCUUAAAAACGGUAUAGUACAAAAGAUCCAGCAACUGCUUAAAGUGGAGAAAAAUGCUGAAAUAUAUGUGAAUGCUGUGAGAAUUAUCAGUCAAUUGUGUAAGAGGAGUAUUGAGAGAACGAAGGCAGUGCUCAAGGUAGCCGGUAUUCCAUGGGUGUUGGAAAUCAUUGACAGCAAUAAUGUAGAGAGAGUAAAUGCGGCCCAAUACUGCCUGCAAGUAAUAUUGAACACAUUCUCAGGUAUGGAUACUAAGAAAGAUUCCAAACCUGAUCCUAAGUUGUGUGAAGAGAACAAAAGUGAAAUUGACACCAUUCUUACUUGUCUCACUUAUUCAAUUACUAACAGAGUAAUCACAGGCCAUGCCAGAGAUGCCAUCAUGGAACUUAUUAUGAGAAAUUGCCACUACAGUGCCAUUAACUGGGCUGACAGAUUUGUUGAAAUCAAAGGCUUGUAUCGGUUACUAGAGGUGUGCAGCGAGUUAGAAGAAUAUAAGUAUGAGUCUGCCAUGAACAUAACCCUGUCUUCAAGCACCAUUGCUGCAGCAUGCCUAGCUAAGAUUUAUGAAAAUAUGUAUUACGAUGAGGCCAGGGAGAGGUUUAACAACCAAGUCGAUGAAUUUGUUAAAGAUAAACUAAUGUCACCCGAUUUGGAAUCAAAAGUACGCGUUACUGUAGCUAUAACAUCAUUACUCAGAGGUCCCCUAGAUGUUGGUAACUAUGUCAUUUCUAAAGAGGGCAUAAUGGAAAUGAUUUUAGUCAUGGCCCAAACUGAGGACUUACUUCAACAAAAAGUUGCGUGUGAAUGCCUUAUAGCAGCUGCUUCAAAAAAAGAUAAAGCCAGGGCUAUUAUAACUAAGGGUGUUGAUAUCUUGAAGAAAUUAUACACAUGUAAAGAUGAUGCUGUCAGGGUCAGGGCCUUAGUUGGCCUCUGCAAGGUUGGUAGUUUCGGAGGUGAUGAUGCCUCGAUUCGACCGUUUGCUGAAGGAUCUACAAAAAAAUUAGCUGAAGCAUGCAGGAAGUUUUUAGUGAAUCCAACUAAAGACAAUGAUGUUCGCAAAUGGGCAGCUGAGGGGCUGUCAUAUCUUACUCUGGACGCGGAUGUAAAAGAAAAAUUGGUGGAGGAUAAGGCUGCAAUUCAGGCUCUCAUUGAGCUGGCCAAAACAGGCGACCAAUCUUGUUUAUAUGGUGUAGUUACAACUUUGGUCAACUUAUGUAAUGCUUAUGAAAAGCAAGAAGUCAUGCCGGAAAUGUUGGAACUGGCAAAGUUUGCCAAACAUCACAUCCCAGAACAACAUGAGUUAGAUGACAUAGAUUUUGUUAAUAAGAGAAUUACAGUAUUAACAAAAGCAGGUGUCACCUCUGGUUUAGUUGCUCUUGCUAAGACAGAGAGUUAUAACUCAAGAGAAUUGAUUGCCAGAGUGUUUAAUGCCAUAUGUAGUUUGCAGGACCUAAGAGGUGUUGUUGUGCAGCAGGGUGGUACAAAGGUAUUAAUACCAAUGGCUUUGGAAGGUACAAACAAUGGUAAAAAACAAGCAACCCAAGCUUUAGCCAGGAUUGGAAUAACGAUAAAUCCUGAAGUAGCUUUUCCUGGUCAGAGAAAUUUGGAGGUAGUGAGACCUCUAGUAGCAUUGUUACACCCAGAUUGUACAGCUUUAGAAAACUUUGAAGCACUUAUGGCUCUUUGCAACUUGGCUGGAAUGAAUGAAUCAACAAGAAACAGGAUACUCAAAGAAGGUGGUUUAUCAAAGAUUGAACAUUACAUGUAUGAAGAUCAUUUAAUGCUGAUGAGAGCUGCCACUCAGUGUAUUUGUAAUUUAGUACAAUCUGAAGAUGUAAUUAAGUCCUAUGAGGGUAAUAAUGAGAAAACUAAAUAUUUAUAUCUCUUGUGUCAAGAGGAAGAUGUGGACACUGUGAUGGCUGCAGCAGGAGCUUUAUGUGUUUUAACAUCAGUUAGUAAGCCGUGUUGUAGAAAAUUAUUAGACCUUAAUAACUGGAUAGAGUCCUUGAGGUGUUUACUAGCCAAUCCUAAUGAUGAGAUACAGUACAGAGGUGUCUACAUGCUAUACAACAUUAUAAAUGGUGACAAAGACAUUGCUGCAAAAAUAUUUGAAACUGAUGUUAUGGAAAUUUUGAUGGCAUUAUCUAAACUUGAAGAAACACCAAAGAAAAGGAUUGUAGAUUUUGCACAGAAAUGUUUGGAUGCUGCUGAGGAGAUGGGAGUUAUCAGAAAGCCUGGUGAACCACCAAUGAUUGAUCCUUUUGCUGAUAUUGAAAAUCGUUGUGAUGAAGAAGAUGAAGAGGAAACAUAGAUUUAAUUGAAUUAUAAAUAGUUAUAUGAAUUAAUUUGCUUUUUUGUUUUAGUCAAUGUAAUAAAUAUAACUAAAUUUA